GCAAGACUCCAUCUAAAAUAAAUAAAUAAAAUAAAAUAAAAAUAAAGAUGCUAUAGUAUGUAGUGAUAUAAUUUUGCCAGGAAAUCAUACCAUAACAUACUUUUAAAAGUCAGCAUGUAUUCAUUGCUAUUGAACCUUUAUAUCAUUUUUAUUUAUUAUUUACUAUUAAAUCUUGGUCCUCAUUUUAACUGGAUUUAUUUUCAUUGAUCAUUCAACAAUAAAUCUUCCAUAAAAAGAACCUCCUGUACUAUAUGUCUUUUUUCAGAGUCCAUGUUAUUGCUUUUCUCUGUUAAACUUUAUCUUACAGCCUACGAGAAUGUUGAUCUGAAAAACCUGACGGAUACUGUAGAAGCUGUUACAGGAGAGGAAGUUGAUGUCGAUGACAUGAAAACAAUUCUAGGAAACAUGGGGAUAGAGCUUACAGAUAAAGAACUCACAGAACUGGUAAAUAAUCUGCCAGUUGAUGAUGGAAAGGUCUAUCAGAAAAGAUUGCUGGAUGCUAUAAAGUUUCUUAAAGGAGGGAAGAUUGACUCCAGGAAAGUGGAUACAGUUUUGGGAAACAUGGGCAUAAACCUCACUGAAAAAGAACUUGAAGAUCUAACACAAAACCUACCAGUUGAUGUUAAUGGUAAGGUUGAUCUGAGAAAGGUGAUGAAUGAAAUGAAAUAUUUUACGGGAGACAAAGUUGAUAUAAAUAAACUUCAAAGUGUUUUAGGAAACUUGGGGAUUGAGCUCAUGCCCAAUGAACUCUUGAACUUGCUGAAAACAUUGCCAGUUAAUGCUGAUGGAAAAGUGUAUCAGAAAAGGUUGAUGAAAGGCAUGAAGUCUCUUGAACAAGGCAAUGUUGAUGUCAAUAAGCUGGACACUCUUUUAGAAAACCUGGGGAUAAAGGUCACGGAAGAGGAAUUCAUGGAUCUAACAGAAAGACUACCAGAUGACUCUGAAAAGAAAGUCAAACUAAAUAAGUUAAUUAAAGAAUUGAGUGCUGUUUUAGGUGAAGAGGUAGAUAUCAGUGACCUAGAAGAUGCACUAAAAGACAUGGGAAUAGAAGUCACAUACGAUGACUACUUGCAUUUAGUAAAAACUUUGCCACUUGAUGCUGAAGGAAAGGUGUACAAAAAAAGGCUGCUGGAUGGUAUAAAGACUAUUAAAAGAGGAAAAGUUGAUAUAAAUAACUUGGAUAAAUUUCUGGAAAAUAUGGGGAUUGAGCUCUCAGAAAAAGAACUUGAAGAUUUUUCAAAAGACCUACCUGUUGAUGUUGAUGAGAAGGUUGAUCUGAAAAACAUGAUGCCGAGAAUGAAAGAUUUUACAGGAGAAAAGGUUGAUGCCAGAGAUCUGAAAAAUGUUCUUGGAGACAUGGGGAUAGAAGUCAAUGAUAAGGAAUGUGUGGAACUGCUAACAUUACUACCAGUUGAUGGUGAUAAGAAAGUUUUUCGGAAUAGAUUGCUAACGGGUUUGAAGUCUUUCAAAGGAGGAAAGAUUGAUAUCAGUAACCUGAACACAAUUCUGGGGAACAUGGGGAUCAAGCUCAAAAAUAAGGAACUCCAAAGUGUGAUACAAAAUCAACCUGUUGAUGCUAAUGAAAAUGUUCCCCUGAAAAAGGUGAUGGAUGAUGUGAAAGCAGUUACAGGCAAGUUAAAACUUACUGUAAAUAUUUAAAUUGUAGUUUUUAAAUUAUUUUUCUCAUCUUUUCAGUUAGUACAUAUAUUUAUAAACAUCCUGCUAAUAUCCAUGAAUCCAAAAAUCAACAAAAUAACUAGAAUAUUUUCAAUAUCUUUGGAACAACCCAUGGUUACUCCCCCCCCAUUU